GCUCGCGUCACGGGCGGCCCUCCUGGCGCGUGCAUGCGUGAGCGUGCUGCUGCUGAAAUAAUGCCGCGGUUGUCCUGCUGAUAUCCCACAAUUCUGCUGCGGGUUGCAGGCUGCUGUGUGAUAGGCUGCCGGAGAGGGGGAGCUGCAGCAGAGGAGCAACGCUGUCAGGAAAACACAAGCCCGCCACGGCUGCAGUUCUCCCCGCCGAACAAGGACAGCUCGCCCGUGUGAUUUGCCAUGACGACUGAAUCAGGCUCGGAGUCCAAGCAGCCGCAGGAGAACAGGGAGGCGGAGAAAUCUAAAGCGGCGGAGGAGCAGACCUCACCACAGAACCAGCCCGAGAAGUUCCCCGCCGCCGCCGGACACAGCACGCCGGCCAAGAGAGAACAGGAGCAGCAGAGAGAGGAUCAGGUGUCCCACAGGUCGUCCUCCAGUCGUCUGUCCAAGUCUCCUUUGAGGGGAGUCCGUAAAGUGAAGAUAAUGCAGUGUAAAGUGGCCCUGCUGGACGGCUCCGACUACACAGUGGAUGUGGAGAAACGAGCAAAGGGCCAAAUCCUCUUUAGCAAAAUUUGUGAACACCUCAACUUACUGGAGAAGGAUUACUUUGGCAUCACAUACAGAGAUAUAGAGAACCAGAAGAACUGGUUGGAUCCCUCCAAGGAGCUGAAGAAGCAGAUCCGCAAUGGUCCCUGGAACUUUGCUUUCAACGUCAAGUUUUACCCCCCAGACCCCUCCCAGCUCUCAGAGGACAUCACACGGUACUACUUGUGCUUGCAGCUGAGGGACGAUGUGGUGUCUGGCCGCCUGCCCUGCUCCUUUGCCACCCACACAGUGCUGGGCUCCUACACGGUGCAGUCCGAGCUCGGGGACUAUGACCCUGAAGAAAUGGCCAGUGACUACGUCAGCGAACUGCGCCUGGCACCCAACCAAACCAAAGAACUGGAAGAGAAGGUCAUGGAACUCCACAAGACCUACAAGGGGAUGACGCCAGCUGAAGCAGAGAUGCACUUCCUGGAAAAUGCAAAGAAGCUGUCCAUGUAUGGUGUGGACCUCCAUCACGCUAAGUUGGUAGGGAGUCUCUCUGAAUGCUUGGCUCUGGAUGAGGAGGAGGACUCUGAGGGAGUGGAGAUCAUGCUGGGAGUUUGUGCCAGCGGCCUCCUCAUCUACAGAGACAAGCUGAGGAUCAACAGAUUUGCCUGGCCUAAGAUCCUGAAGAUCUCCUACAAGAGAAAUAACUUUUAUAUCAAAAUACGACCUGGAGAGUUCGAGCAGUUUGAAAGCACAAUUGGCUUCAAGCUCCCAAACCACCGUGCUGCCAAACGGCUAUGGAAGGUGUGUGUGGAGCACCACACCUUCUUCAGGCUCGUGUCUCCAGAGGCCCCUCAGAAAAAGUUCCUGAGCCUGGGCUCCAAGUUCCGUUACAGCGGCAGGACGCAGGCUCAGACCCGCAGGGCCAGCUCCCAGAUCAUACGACCGGCGCCGUUCUUUGAACGCACCUCCAGCAAGCGCUACAACAUGUCCCGCAGCUUAGAUGGAGCUACCAUUGCAGAGAACCACGACACUCUGAUGAAGGACAGCACUGCCGGCGGAGAUACCAAAGCCGCCGCCAUUAUCACCACGGUAACCACAGAGAGGGAAGAGAAGACGGAGCAGGAGGAUGCUCAGAAGAACUCCACUGACACGCAUGAGGCAGGUGCCACAUCACAGGAACCAAAGCGCCCCCUUCAUGCGUACACAGCCGACCCGCUCCGCUCUGAGCUCUCGUUGCCGUCAUCUCCUGUUCUGUCCACCAAAGUGCGGCGGAGGCGCCGGGAGAGCGCCCAUAAGAGGGCUUCAUCAGUCAGUCCAGCCAAAGGCGGCAUCGGGUGCCGCCGCCGGCAGGCUCGCGCCGACCGCAAAGCCGCUCUGCUGGAGGAGCAGGAGCUCUUGCUUUCGGCGCGAAAGCAAAGGCUGGAGCAGGGCAAAAGCCGCAGUGGCACGCUCUUCUCCUUCUCCCUACACCUGCCUCACCUGUCAUCCAUCCUGGAUGACGAUGGUUACAUCACCUUUCCAGACCUUUCUGAGAUGAGCUUCCUCCCCCACUGCGCGCAAAACUUCCUGCCCAUUAAGUCCCCAUCGCUCAUUCCCUGCUUCCUCUUCAUCUUCUUCUUCCUCCUCUCCACCUCCUUCUCUGUACCCUACGCUCUCACCCUCUCCUUUCCCCUGGCUCUGUGCCUCUGCUACCUGGAGCCCAAGGCAGCCUCCCUGACCGCCUCCAUAGCCCAGGGCUACCAUGACCAUGACAGUUCAGAGGAAGAGGAGCAGACGGACAGCGAACGUACUGACUUUGCCUUUGAUGGAGACAUUACUGUGACAGAGUCGGAAGCAGAUGAGGAAUCUGAGACGCAGACUCAGUAUAGUUUCAUAAGACGAGUAAAGGGGGAAAACGUUUUUAUCAGGCAUAGCAAUCUGAUGCUAGAGGACACAGAGCCUUUGCCAGAGGUGGCCAAGCACCAGACAAACAUCAGCGAGCUGAAACGCUCCUUCCUGGAAACCGCGGGCAGCAGCACGCCAGGCCCAACAGAGUGGGAGAAGAGACUCUCCUCAUCCCCUCUGCGCUCACCCAGAUCAGACGAAGCCCCGAUGAUCGAGCCGCUGGAGCCGCAGGACACCAAAGAUGAUCAGCAGUCUGGAGCAGAGCGGAAAGAGGAGGUGGGACCUAAAGGCACAGAGGCAGCAGGAUAUCUGGUCAAAGUCGUACCGGACAGCGUCGUCACAGAGGGGGUCACCUCCUCGGGGCCCCACGGGAUUAGCUUGUCGACCACAAUGGACGACGACGUUUUCCUGGACGGGACCUUGAGGGAGGAGGUUGAGGAGAAAACCCCAGACUCUCAGGAGGAGGUGUCGGAGACGUCUGUGUUGAGGCUGAGCCCUGGGGCUGUGAGACAGGAAGUGUCGCAGGCCAUCACUGACAAGAAAGGCACGCUCAUUAUCCUGAAGGAGGCGGAGGACCAAGCGGACUCCGAGGGCGGAGUGAUGAGUGCUUUGGUUGACGAGGAAGAGGAGGCCGUUGGCCCUGAAGAGCUGGAAGCUGACAAGAACCAAAGGUUCCUUUUGUGUAAAGAAGCAGAAAUUGCCCCAGAGGACAUUUUUACCCACAAUGCAGUUGUGAAAUUGUUGAGUCUGACGGAGGAGAUGAAAGGUGGUGACAUGAAUCAUGUUAGAGGCCUGGACUCCCCCAAAAAGGCAAUGGCCUCGUGGAUUUCAGAGGAGGUGAAGACCGAAGCCUCAGAGGUCAUCAGUGCGAGACUGAAGUCCAGCCCGACUCGGAUGACAGUUUCUGAAUCUUCCGCUAUGCCUUUAGUGGUGUCUACGCCGGGACGCGUUUCCUCCCCUCAGCAGGGGCCACCUGGCCAAGAGAAGACAGCGGUUGCCACGGAAACAGGAGCAGCACCUGGCAAGACAGCUGGGCAAAUGCCUCUGGACUCUGUGGAAGCAGCCACCAAGGACGUACCUGUGAUCCACACAGAAACCAAGACCAUCACCUAUGAGGCUGCUGCAGAUGCGGACACCAACGGUGAUGCCGACCCCGGGGUGUUGCUAAGCGCUCAGACUAUCACCUCGGAAACCACCAGCACCACAACGACCACACACAUCACAAAGACGGUGAAGGGAGGAAUAUCAGAGACGAGAAUCGAGAAGAGGAUCGUCAUCACAGGAGAUGCAGACAUCGACCAUGACGAGGCCCUGGCUCAGGCAAUAAAGGAGGCUAAAGAACAGCAUCCUGAUAUGUCAGUGACCAAAGUAGUGGUACAUAAAGAGACAGAGAUCACACCAGAGGGGGAGGACUGACACAGGAAUAACAGUGAGGGCUCUUUUCUCCUCAACCUCCAUGAACCCACAGCUCCAUAUGUUCCGUCAGGACGCGAGGAGGACUUCAGAGGCUCCUACUCUCUGAACGCCGCAGCUCGCUGCUAGUCGCAAACAUCCCCUCCAAACAAACAAAGCAAUGCAUUCUGCAUGAGACGGACGCAACGCUGCCUCCGAUUUCCCACGGCGUUCUCAGCCCCUCUGCACGCCCAAUCCAAUUCACAGCAAGCAAACCGGUUGCUUUCACUGCCUUAUGACUUUGAUGCUUUUUUUAUGAUAAAUGAGAAUAAUUACUGUAGCAGCAUUUUAUUUAUGAAGUAAAGCCAUCACUCCAGGAACUUACAGCUGCUCUAGGCUGUGUAUGUUAGAGAACAGACACUAUUUAAGCUGGCUGUAGAACCUCAUUUCCAGAAGCACUCCCUCCAGCUGUACUAUGAUUUCCCCCUGUAUACGUCUGCAGCUCCAUGCUGUACAUACCAGCACCACCUAGGAAUAUAGCAAAUUAUCUUUCAGGCUUUCUUAUACCUGCUUCAAUUCUCGUUUUGUAUUUCAUUUCUUUAUUUUGCUUCUCUUCGAUUCUUUUGCAAAUUGUGUUUUGGUCAAAGCUAAGGAAUGGGUCGGGGGGCUGACAUGAAGACCAACAACAGCACAAAUGUUUGUGCGACUGUGAGGCUCAAGCACCCGCACUCGGCCCGAUUUGGACGCAGACCCGAGAAGGAUGCGUGACCCCCUCCUGACACGUCUGCGGUCUGUUCCCUCAUUCCUGAACCGUUUUCAUGUCCUCUGCUAUAGGUGGAAGAGGAGUGACAGAGCUUUUAUUCUUAAUUUGAAAUGUUCCUCUAAAAUAAUAAAGUGAACACCGUACCAAAGCCA